AUGUUAAGUAGAGCUACUAAACUCUGUCAACUAGUUAGAGUUCCCAGAGCAGCAUUUGCCGAUGAAUGGUUUAGAGGAAAUAGAUACAGUGAAGACGGCGCCCCUUUUUUUGAAACCCCAACAAGGCCUGGAAAUUUCAGAGAUGUAAUGGACUUCAAAUUAAAGCUUGAUAAUUGGUUUGACGAGGCCCGUGAAUUCAACGAAGAAGAAUGGGAAGUGAAAAAGGCUCAGCUUUAUAUUGCAAAUUGUAUGGGAAACAUCAUGUGGGUCACUGGCUUCCAAUAUGCAGCAAGCUCGUGGGCACAAAUCAUUACAGGUUGGGUAAGAUAUAGACAUUUGGAAGCCAAAGCAAUUAGAAAAUGACAGUUAUGUCUUAUUUUUUAUAAAAAAUAGUGGCAAAACUGUCAGUUUUAUAUGAAUUUCAUAUAUUUUAGAAUACUUCCCAGACAAGUAUAUGGAAUUCGACAUAGGAGAAUUGCCUCCUGGUGAAGUCAUGCAAAUUUCUUGGCAUGGUGUACCAUUAUUUAUUAGAAGACUUACCAAAGAAGAAAUGGAAGACGAAGGCAAGACUCCUCCACAUACACUUAUGGACAGCGCUCACCAAGUCAGAAUUACUGACGCUCCAAACUCAAAAGUAAUGGUUCUCAACGCUAGAUGCACACAUUUAGGCUGUAUCCCUAUUCCAUAUAUUGGGAAAUAUAAAGGGUGGACUUGCAUGUGCCACGGUAGUAUUUUUGAUAAGUGGGGAAGAGUCAGACAAGGACCUGCACUAGAAAAUCUAUGCACUUUUUAAUGAUUUUUGUCUUUUUGCUAGUAUUUUUUUUAUUGUUCUUAUUGAGAAAAAAUAGAAUAAGAUACCAAAACCAUUCCUUAUAUGGGAACAUUCUUUGUGUAGAUCAGCUACGCUAUAACUAUGAACCCAGAAGGAUAUGGAUCGUUCAAUAA